UAAGAGGUUGCGGCAACCAUGGAGGGAGGAGGAGCGGCAGCGGCAGCCGCCGUCUGACUGAGGGGACGGACUCAUUACCCUCUUUUCGCCCCCUCGCUGGGCGAUGGAACAGGGACGGCACAAAAGACCCCGCCGCUUGUAACGUUAGGAGCGGGCGGCGGGGGCAAAAGCGGGUGUUGGAGAUGUCGAGCUGUUUCACAGAUUAAAUGGAACCAACCUUUGCAGCUCUGAAGAUCCAAGCUGACUUGUGCACUGUAUAGCACCUAUUCCAAAAGGGACCACAAUCAUGAGCGGGGGAGGCGAGCAGCCCGACAUAUUGUCUGUCAGUUUCCUAGUAAAAGAACGAUGGAAAGUGUUGAAAAAGAUUGGAGGCGGGGGCUUUGGUGAAAUCUAUGAAGCUGUGGACUUCUUGACCCAGGAAAAUGUUGCUCUCAAGGUGGAGUCAGCCCAGCAACCAAAGCAAGUUCUCAAAAUGGAAGUUGCUGUUUUGAAGAAACUGCAAGGGAAGGAUCAUGUUUGUAGAUUUAUUGGCUGUGGAAGAAAUGACCAAUUUAACUAUGUUGUUAUGCAGCUACAGGGGCGAAAUCUUGCAGAUCUACGUCGCAGUCAAUCACGUGGUACCUUUAGCAUCAGCACUAUUCUACGACUGGGAAAACAAAUUCUUGAAGCAAUAGAAAGUAUUCACACUCUAGGCUUCCUUCACAGAGACAUCAAACCUUCAAACUUUGCAAUGGGCCGGUUUCCAAGCACCUGUAGAAAGUGUUUCAUGCUGGAUUUUGGUUUGGCACGACAGUUCACGAAUUCCUGUGGAGAUGUUAGACCUCCUCGGGUGGUGGCAGGGUUCAGAGGCACAGUGCGCUAUGCAUCAAUCAAUGCACAUAAAAACCGGGAAAUGGGCCGACAUGAUGAUCUCUGGUCCUUAUUUUACAUGUUGGUGGAGUUUGUUGUUGGGCAACUACCAUGGAGGAAGAUAAAGGAUAAGGAGCAAGUAGGCCUAAUAAAAGAAAAAUAUGAUCACCGCCUUAUGUUGAAGCACCUCCCACAAGAGUUUGCUUCAUUUCUGGAGCACGUCCUCUGUUUAGAUUAUUUCACAAAACCAGAUUAUCAGUUGUUGAUGACUGUGUUUGACAACAGCAUAAAAACACAUGGGGUUGUUGACAGUGAUCCUUUUGACUGGGAGAAAGCUGGGAUGGAUGGAUCUUUUACUAUGAUAAGCACCUCUACUACUCCUCAGCUACAUACACGACAGACUCCCGCUGCUCUGGGAAUUGCUAAUGCUUCACUGGUGCCAGGAGAUCUGAUGAAAGAAAACACUGAUGAGGUAUUGCAAGAUGAGCAGCUCAGUGAUGGGGAGAAUGCUAUCCCAGACAUAAUUUGCCCUGAAAGGAUGGCAGAGUCUCAAGGAUCUCAAAACCCACAGACUCCCUAUGUUGGAGAGAAGGAUGUUUGGGAAGAAAUGGACAUUAACAGGAACAAAAUGAAGACCUCUGGCUGUAAGGGGGUCACUGAGGAAGAGACCAGUCAUGGUGCUGGAAAUGUGCCUCCAAAUGGGCCAAGCCUGGGAUCCCCUGUGAAGGUACGCUCUGAGAUUUUGCAGCCAGAUCGAGAUAUGCGAUUGUUAAGGAAGUUGAAAUCAAUUCACAACUUUGAGUUUGAAAAACAUCUCACCUUGGAGCCAAAGCCUAGCACAGAUAAAUUCUUGGAAGCUUGUUCCACAAAGGUCAAAGAAGACUUACUGAAGGAUGUUGCUGCUUCUCAGCCUCGGAAGGUCUCUGCUGUAGUUCGUACUGACAGAGUUUGGCACUUUGAUGAAGAAUACCUUCCAGACAGUACAAAGCCAGUGUCUUUGGGUUCUCCUGAACACGGGGAUGGUGUUGUUAGCAAUGGCUUUGUAGCACUCAAUUUAAGCUCCUGCAGGCAGGAGGUUGACUCUAAGGAGUGGGUCAUUGUGGACAAGGAACGUGACCUCCAGGGUUUCAGAACAGACGAAUGCCAGAGCCAGAAAUUAACUAGUCCAACUGGACGAACAGAUGAUGAGGAGCCAGAAGUCCUAGCAGUUGAUUCUCCUCAAGUUGAAGGAUUACAGUUGGUCAAAGCUGUUUCAAGCAAAAGCAUGGGAUGUCCAAGGUCACCAGAAGCAAGGAGAGAGCAGCUGAACACAACUCAUUUGCCACAUCCCAACACUCCAAGGAAGCAGUGUCCCUUCCGACCCCCAAGCCCUGUAGCAUUGUUAUCCUCAGAUUUGGAUCCACUUCACAGGAGGCAGUCAGAUUUGCACAGGAGACAGUCAGCUGAGAACAAUUUACGCUGCCCAGGUCGCAGGCAGCUUCCCUUCCUUCCAGGCAACACCAAGCUGCCUUCUAUCAUUCGCAUCUCCAAAGCUCAGCUCCAACAGAUAACAGCAUCUAAGCCUGCAGUAAUGGCAACACAGGCUGCCUCUGUGGUAACAGAGUGCAAAGAGCAGGGAGAGACUGAUCGACGUUCAAUAGAACACACCACUAACCAAAACCAGCAAGCCCGUUUUUCAGAAGAGAAAUCAAAGCCGACUGUGGCUGUACAUAGCCUGUUGUGUAAUGGUACUGCCAGUACUGACCAUAAGCUAGAAGUGGACAAAGGUACAAUUCAAAGGGAAGAGUCUAUCAGGACUGGUGAAGUAGGAAGCAAUAACCAAGGCAAGAUAAUUGCAAAAACUGGUGUUCAUUCUGAGCACAACAGAGAUGACUGUUUCAAUUCAGCUCAAGAAGUUGAAUGUAAAGACAACCAAAUGAUUUCUAGGGAUGGAGGAAUUCAUCCUGAUGAAGGCCAGAACUCUACAGCUGAAGAUGAAUGCUUGGAGAAGCAGCAACAGAUAAGUGAUAAAUGUUUGCUAUCAGCACAAUUAGAGAGCUUGAGUUCUGUGCAAAAACAUGAAGAGAUUAAAUCAUCUGUUGAUUGCUUAAAUGAUAUAGCUAGUCCAGUCAAAACUGGUGAAAUGCUUUCAGUCAAAGAUGGGGAUGCUUUAUUUAAGUCUGUGGAAUAUACAAAGUUUGUAAUAGAUGGGUUUAAAGAUAAACUUCAUGACCAAGAAGAAAAUGGCUUUUGUAAGUGUAUUGAAGGUGAGACAGAUAAGGAACUACCUGAUUCUAGCAUUUCAUAUGAACGUGUAAAGGAAUUGCUUCAUGCUGCAGUAUCAGAGCAAGAAAACUGUGCCAAUAAUGUUAUGACUGACGGGUGUGAAGUGGGCUACAUUUCUGAGAUGAUGCAGAGAAAGAUUCAGGAACAGAGCAAUCUUUCAGAACUAAGUGGAUUCAGAAAUGGAGACUUGAUUCACAUCUUAACAGUUGGUGACAAUUCACUCCAUACCAAGAAGGUUGAAGGCAAAACUUCCCUUCUCCGGCAAAGCCGCAUCCCAGUGCUUGCAUCUGAUGCGGAAGUUACCGCCGAGUCAUCAGCUCCUGUCUCAGCUAAAGAGAAACUCCUUCAAAAAAAGGCUCAUCAAACAGACUUAACAAGACAGUUAGUUGAAAAGAGACAACAUACACUCAGAACGUCUCUUCUGGGUGAUCUGUCAUCUACUUCUGAAAAAUCCCCAGAAGAAAAAAUGUCUGUCCCGUCAGUGACUUUGUCAGAUGAUGGAAGCCCUUCAGGACCUUUGACAAAACCUGGAAAUGAGGUACAAUCGGACAAACAGACUGAUGAGGAAUCUCUCCUAACCAGCCUUCAGUCCCGAAGAAGUAAAAUCCCAAGACCAGUUUCAUUGACCAACACAGAACAAGCCCCUACUUCAACAUCAGCCCAAUUAGUCCCAAGGCCACCUCCAGGCAAGCCACCAACUAGACCAAGUGUGGAGGUCAGGUUACGACGAUAUAGAGUUGUUGGAAGUGGUAGCUCCGACUCUGAUCUACUAACCCAUCUUGCUCAAAUCCUUCAAAAUGGAUCCCAAAAGACCAGAAGCCCCCCACAAUCCAAAAGCCCACAAUCUCCUCGAAGUCCCAAAACUCCACCCAAAAGUCCAGUGAUCCCCCGACGGAGUCCUAGCGCUUCGCCAAGAAGCACCUCACUGCCACGCACUGCCAGUUCCUCCUCUUCACGUGGCCGCCCGUACACAGACCAGAGAAGCUCAUCACCACAUUUUGCUAGGAGCCACUCCCCUCCCAGUUACUCUGGGUCCUCGCCCUCCCGGAGAAGCUUUUUGCAGGAGCAUGGCUGUGGUAAACAGGGCAAAAAUAGCUUGAAGGGACCUGGGAGUCCCCACCACUUGUGUCAAAGCAAAUCCACAAAGGGAAAGUGCUCAGGCCGAGACGGCAAAAUGUCAAGUAAACUCAGCAGAUAAUAAUUUCUACAGUCACUGUCCACGUGUUCUCCUGUCCACUACCCAAGUGCUCUCCCUCUUCAACCAACACUUCCCCCACUUUCUCCCCUCCCCUUUCUCUCUCCCCCUUUCUCUCUCCCCCUUUCUCUCUCCCCUUUCUCUCUCCCCCUUCUCUCUCCCCCUUCUCUCUCCCCCAUUCUCUCUCCCCCCAUUCUCUCUCCCCCUUUUCUCUCUCCCCCACUUUCUCUACCCCCCCCCCUUUCUCUCCCCCCCAUUUGCAUGUUGCUCCACAUUUUAAAGUAUUUCUGACUGGACAAGAUCUUUGUGAUUUUUGAACAGGUACCGCUUUAUAUAAAAUUGAUAUAAUUGCACAGUAGUUAAUUCUGUGCAAUAUGCUGCUAGAUUUUAUUUUGGCUUCUGCUGCCUUGAGCUACUUGAGUAGGAAAUACUAGGCCAGUACUUCCAUCUUUAUCUUGUGUACAGUGUCCUCCUCCAAGACUUGACCUUUCCUUGUGCCAUUUGCAAUUGAGGGAGACCUCAGGAUCAUAAUUAGUAGGAAGGCUGCUGUAGUAUUUUUAAUCGCCAAUGUUUUUGCCAUCUUUUUAUGAUAAUGUCAACUGUGAGUUUUUUAAUGUACAGUGUGUCUAGAUAUAAAUAAAAUUUAAGUAACUGAAUUGAUUCACGAUUCAUAGGAAGUAGUUAAAAUCAAAGUAGAGUGCAAACGUUUGUUGCAUACUGACAUCUGACAUGAGUGGUGUAGUUUUCCUGUUUUGUAAUUGUCUUAUAGAAUUAGAAGGCAAAAUCUCAAAUUACCUCUGUUAAAAUGAUAUAACAUAUUAGUUCUUUGAAAAUGAGCAUGAAUAGUGAUGUGGUGGUGGCGGGUUAGGAGGGUGUUUGACUGGGGUGGGUCGGAUGCCGGGGGGAGGGCAGGUGGGGAAUGGGGGUGAUCAAUAGGCCUCUAUUUGACCCCAUUAUUCUAAGUCCAGUCCCAAUAGCACACUCCAGGUUCAAAGGCAACUUUAGAUGUAACCCCUUCUUUCUAAAAUAAACAGAAUAGGGAAACCUUUGCUUUAUGUGUUUACUAAUCUACCUUCCUUGUUACCACUGUAACAUCAGACAUCAUGCAAACACAUAAUCAAGAGGAGGAAAAUUAAUAAGCCAUUGAUUUGGUAGUGAUAAAUCAACAAAAUUAAGAUAAAGCAUUUAAAGUUUAAUAAUUUUGCAUAAACUAAUACCAAUCAGCAUUUGAAUACCAUGUGCCUGUCUACAACGCGUUAAUGUAUCUUGACUCUAUAUUACUUUGCUACCAAGGCAAAAUCUGUGGUUGAAGGAAGAAGAAUUCUUUGAAAGAAGCUUGUCAUGCGAUGCCUGAUUAGUAAAUGGAAAUUGUUUCAGCCAUCACUUUUUGUUUGUUUUCAGUGGGCUUAAGUUAUUUAGUAUGUAAUAUUUUCCAUCUGUGUUGUAACAUGCCAGCUAACUUAAAGUUGUAAGCUUUUCAAUAACCAGCUUGAAUGCUUAAAACAAAUUGAAUUCCUGCUUUAUGUUUGUGUAUUGUAUUGUAAAUGUUAACUAUAACUGCAUGUCACUUGCUAAUAUAUAUUUAUGAAUUUCAUAUCAAUUAAACAGGCUGUAAGAUUGUUUUCGCAUGCCUGGAUGCUACUUACUUUACAGUUUUCCCCUGCAUGUAAAACCUGUAUCAUAAUGGAGAAUAUGCACUACAAGAUAAAACUUUUAAAAUUAACUACUUUUAAGAUGUGAAACAGCAGAGGUAACAGGUCUGUUAAUCCCACAGGGCCUAUAAUUGUAUCAGGAAGGGGGAAUAAAUAGAAAACUUUUCUGUGACUAAACCAUAAAGGCAAAUAAAAAAGUAAUACACAAAAAUGCUAAACAAGUAUUAUUUAUAUCGAGUGCCCACUAAGUGUACAACUGUUAACCCUUAAGCAUGGACAUUUUAAACCUGCAAAUAUCCUGUUUUGAUUUCCUUUGAACGCAGUAUUUCACUGAUGCUCUUAUCAUGUAGUUCUUUUCCAAAAAAAAGUCAAAAAGUAUGUAGUGUUUUCAGAACAGAUUUUUUAAAAUAAAAAUCAAACAUAAAUGGGGUGGGAGCUGCAGAUGUCUUUGAAAGAAUAGAAGCUCUUUACUGUAGCCACAGUAGGAACUAUGACAGAUUUAACCAGGUUUGGUUAGCUUCGUGCAGCAAGAAUUGAAUAGUGUUACUUCUACUGAAUUCAAGUAGAGGAUGCAGCAUCAUACACCUGCUCAAAGUGGAAUUACUGCACUUCUAAAUCUGUAGAUCGAAGUGACUCAAUUAUUGAAUUAUCACUCAUAUUGUUGGAAUAGUAAUCUAGGCUAAUGAUAUUACAUGUAAAUUUAUAUCAAGAUAAUGUUCAGACACAAAAUAGUAAAUCAUUAUGCAUGUAUUAAUUAAAAGUUAAUCUGUAGUCAUUUCAAACUUUGUAUUUUAUGUUAAUAAUUAAGAGACAAAGAGUUACCAAAUUGCUGAUCUCCCUCAGUCUGUCCACUUUAGCUAUCUUGAGCUUUAUGUACAAAUUGUGUGCACAAAUUGACCAUGACAUGAGCAAGUGGUUGCAUUCAAGGUGCUAAAAGAUAUUUAAUAUUUUUUUUCGCAGCCCCAAUUUCCUUUGACAAUGUUUGCUUUACUUCUGUUGGUCUUGUUGUUGAACUGCUCUUGGGAGUAUAUAAUAUGAUUUACAUAAGAUUUUUAAAAAAUGUAAAUGGAAAGUGGGCUCCAUGUAGGUCUAUCAAACUUCCUUCCGAGUAGAAGACUGUACAUAAAUAAACUGCAAAGCUCAAGAUAUGGGCAACUUGGCUACAUAAUAUGAAGAGGUGCAGAUACAAGAGGUGUUUUGCUAUUACCAAGUAUUUACAUGUUCUGUAACUGUUAAGCUGAAGAACAAAUUGCUAGGUAUUUCACGUGAUUAUUUCUAUUCAUUGUUUUUGUAGUUAAAAGAAUAAUAUUUCCAAACUUAAAUUGCAUCUGCUUGGUGCUUUGAAUUUCAUUGCACAACUUGAAAGGAUGGGAAAUAAAGAUUUUAAUGCCUUUUAUGCUACUUUUGAUUAUCUUGACCGAGAAGUUGUGAUCUGUUUUAUGGAGCCCUAUUUAGCAUCAACGUAAUACUUUACAAAAGCAACGAUGAGUAUGAAAUGGUCUGGCAGGUUUCAUGUUCUGCAACGUAUAUGCAGAUAAACAAAUGACAUAUGUUGUUUAAAGUUUGGGUGUACAUAAAGAUGUAAUUAUUUGAUUUCUUUGAUUUGUAUCAUAUCAAAGCCUUGUACAGUGAUUUAUGUUGUGUUCUAAAAUUAUUUUAUAUUUUAUUUUUCUAAACCAGUAAAAUAAAAUAAUCACUAAGCAUGCCAACAUAUAAAUAUCUGUUGUCUAGUGUAUUGCAAUAAAAAAAGGCUGAAAAUAAUGGAUUGUUUUUUUUAUUAAUCCACACCCAAUAUAAUCUUUGCCUCCUGUUCUCAUUUGAUUUGUGUUUUGAAGGGCAUUUAUCUGUGGUAUGGAAAUUUAAGUAUAAAGCCACUAUUUUAAUGACCCAUCUACUUUCAAUCAUCCAAAUAAAAUUGAA